AUGGACCUCCUCCACGACAAAUGGUACAAGAUGGUCCCCUGUGGAAAGCGGGUCUUUGCUGUCACCGAGGUACGGGGGUUGGGGGCUGGGGAAAGGGUGGGUUGCGGAGCACACAAUGAAAGAACAAUCAGGCGUUGUUGCAAAAGUUGGGUGCCAGCCCCCACUCCCUGCAAGACUCCAGGGGGUUCCAGGCAUUCGCCCAGGGUCUGUGGUCCCUUGGGUCUCCAGCUGUUUUUGGACUACAAUUCCCAUCAUCCCCGACCACAGGUCCUGCUAGCUAGGGAUGAUGGGAGUUGUAGUCCAAAAAAAGAGCUGGAGACUCAAGUUUGGGAAACCCUGGGUUAGAGUAUCAGACUAGGACCUGGGUUCACAGAAGCCUUCCUACUAGGUAUUUUAGGCCAAGAUAUACCGAAAGAAAAGAGGAUUCUAUUUAUGUAUGCCACUACAGCUGCGAGAAUGCUGAUUACACAAAAUUGGAAGACUGGAGAAAUACCAACUAAAGAACAAUGGCAAGAGAAGUUGAUGAACUAUGCAGAACUGGCAAAAAUGACAGACAGAUUAAGAGAAAAAGACAACAGUGACUUUGAAAAAGAAUGGGAACCAUUUACAUUAUACCUGCAGAAACAAAGAAAGUCUAUAGACUUGAUGGCAGGAUUUAAAUAAACAUUCACAUUGUUAGUAUUAGAAAAUGUGUAGAAGAUAGAGAAAUAAUAUGGUGUACUCAUUUUUAUGUUUUUAGGUUUGAUGUUAUUGUAUAACUAUGUUAUUAGUAACUUUUUCUUUUAGGAGGCAGCAAAGUGGGUGAAAGGAGAAACAAACCAGAAGCGGAAGUUGGGGGAAGCCUAGCAGGGGAGGGAGGAAUAUAUAGUAAAUGUUAAGAAUUUGAGAUGUGUGUAAUGAAUGAAAAAGAAAAAUGAAUAAUUGCUAGGCCACUCCAGAAUAUUAAUGUGCUUCUUCUUGAGCCACUCCUUUGUUGCCUUGACCUUUGUGUGUUUUGGGUCAUUGUCAUGUUGGAAUACCCAUCCUCGACCCAUUUUCAAUGCCCUGGCUGAGGGAAGGAGGUGCUCACCCAAGAUUUGACGAUACAUGGUCCCGUCCAUCGUCCCUUCGAUACGGUGAAGGUGUCCUGUCCCCUUAGCAGAAACAUCCCCCCAAAGCAUAAUAUGUCCCCCUCCAUGUUUGACGGUGGGGAUGGUGUUCUUGGGGUCGUAGGUAGCAUUCCUCCUCCUCCAAACAUGGUGAGUGCCCACUGUAUGUGUGGGCUCUGAGCCGUGCUCAUUCUGUCUCUCUCUCCUUGCCCAGACCCUGCAAAUGGGCAUCUACCACUUUUCGGGUCUCUUUGUCCUGCUUUGCAUUGGUCUCUGUGGCUCUUUGCUGACUUCCCUCGGAGAGCACAUCUUCUACCGCCUCAUCUUGCCUCGCAUCAAACGCAAGAAGAAGUUCAACUACUGGCUUCACACCAGCCAGGUAAGAGAUCGCCUCCCAAACUUGCCAAAGCCCACGCUGACCGUGCAGGACGGCGAUCCACAGGUGGCGGCCUCCUCUUCUGUUCCCCUCUCUUAAGCAUGGGAUGGAGGGCGGUUGGUUCAUCCACCCACCGCAUUCCUCCCAGGUGCGUCUGCAAAGAAGAAAAUUCCUGCCCGCCAGAGACCAGCCAGCUCUUUGUGUCUCAAAAGAACCGGUUCCCAAGCUUGCGUUGUUGAUAGGAUUUGCAGCUUAAAUUCAAAUAAGGGAAAGCUAAUUCGCAGGGGCGGCGUUGCAAGGUGUUUCUGGUUUCAACCAGUGGGUUGGGGUAGAUGACCUCCUGGGAUUCCAUCCAACUCUAUGGUUCUGUUGCAUGCUGAUUGGACCACUUUCCUGCUUUCUGCUCACGUUGCAAAGCAUUUAACUGUGAAAACCUGAGGAUUCCCAAGGAAAUCAUGUUUUUGAGUAUCAGUGGGAGCUGCAUGCACCUCACAUACUCAGAGACACUGUGGGUUUUUUUGCCAAUUUAGAUGUUAUCUAGCCAAUCUGAGGCCUCACCAUUACUUUCUUAAUUUGUUUUUAAUAUAUGCCAGAAAAUCCACCGGGCACUGAACAUGGGUUUGGAGGAGCAGAGGAACAAAAAGCUGAAUUUGGAGAAAAGGUAAAUAAGGAAACAUUCCUCACUCUGCCUCGCUGCUUGCUCUGAACUCUGUUGCUUUAUAUCGGGAUAAAUUUUGCAGCCGGAAAGAAUUUGGCUUCCAUCGUCCAGAUUUAAUCGGCUGCUAAGGAGGAGUUUAUGCCAUUGGGCUUUUCUUCCCAUAUACAUAAAAUUGUAAGGCUGUUGUCGUGCUAUCGUCUUUUAAAAAUGAUGCAGGACUUUCUCAGGGGCACUAAGAAAGAUGGAAGUGGAGUGAUGGAGGAAGGGGGAGGCUGUUGUUGUAGGACAGAGAUGUCCGACAGGUCCACAAUCUACUGGUAGAUCCCUGCAAGGUUUUGGUAGAUCACGGUAGAUUGUUGGCUCCCUUUCCUUAGCGGUGGUAAAAUAGAUUCCAGCCCCCUUGGCCCGUCCUCCAUUGUAGCACAAUCUGCCGAAAGGGAGUUUUUAAUUCUGUGAGUAGAUCGCAGUCUCUUGGGAGUUGGCCACCCCUGUUGUAGGAGAGGCAGCCACUCCACAUCAGGAUUUGACCAGGUGCCCAGUAUAAACUAGCAUAUUCAAUUCCAUGCAAAUUAGCAUAUGCAAAUUAGUACAGACAAAUGUUAUGCAACACAGCGCAGGGAAACUGUUGUGCAGCUUAGCAUUGGCAAAUGUCAUGCAAAUGUCCCCCAAAUUAGCAAGGGCAAAUAUGCAAACCAGCACAAGCAAAUGUAAAUUGGCAUAGGCAAAUCUUAUGCAAAUUUCCUUUGGGAGCCUGUGCACCAAGCUCUUUAACUACCCAGCAGUGCCCCCACAAUUGGACAUGAAGCUCACUGGGUGACCUGUGGGGCAAUUACUGCUUCUCAGCUUUCCCUACCUCACAGGGUUGUUGUGCUUUUUCCGCUCUCUUUUUGUCCAAACUAAGACUUUGAUCUAAAUACAAUAAAGAGGGGGGGAGAGAGAGAGAGAGGGAGAGAGAGAGAAAGAGAGAGAGAGAGAGAGAGAGAGAGAAAGAAAGAAAGAGAGAGAGAGAAAAGAGGUUAAAAGAGAGAGAAAUAAAAUUCAGAAAGGAAAGGACUUCCAAUGCUUCAUCUAUCCACUACAAAUAUAGACAAUAUUCACUUUGUCCAACAUAACACCCAACAAAGCUACUUUCUAUAAGCAAACAUGAUCUUCAAUCCUUGAAUCCUAAUGUCAUUAUUUCUUUUUCUUUUUCACGCAAAAAAUCUUUGAGAGGUUUCCGAUCUUUUAACAAAUGUUAACAAAUGAGUUUUCUCUGAUUAAACAUGUCCAUUUGCCAUCUCAGCUCAGUCCAUAAGUUUUAAUAGCCAUUCUUCCAUCGUUGGUCAUGAUUUGUCCUUCCACCACAUUAGCGCAUGUAAAAGUCUCACGGCCAUGAACAUACAGUGGUACCUCGGGUUACAGAUGCUUCACGUUACAGACUCUGCUAACCCUGAAAUAGUACCUCGGGUUAAGAACUUUGCUUCAGGAUGAGAACAGAAAUCGUGCUCCAGCGGCGCAGCGGCAGCGGAAGGCCCCAUUAGCUAAAGUGGUAGCUCAGGUUAAGUACAGUUUCAGGUUAAGAACAGACCUCUGGAACAAAUUAAGUUCUUAACCUGAGGUACCACUGUAUCUGACUUUUAGAAGACAUCUGUAUUGGGAAGUUUUUCAAUGUUUGACAUUUUAUUUUGUUUUUAUAUAUGCCAGGGUAUAAAUAAUAAAAUUCUAAUAAUAAUAAUAAUAAUAAUAAUAAUAAUAAUAAUUUAUUUAUACCCCGCCCAUCUGGCUGGGUUUCUCCAGCCACUCUGGGCAGCUUUCAAUAUAAUAUUAAAAUACAAUAAUCUAUUAAAAAUUAUUAUUCCAGCUCUACAGUUCGAUGCUUCUAUUAUAUGUUCCCACUGUGCCAUCCGUAUACAGGGUUGUUUUGUUGAGGACAAUCUGCCUUGAGCUCCUGGGAGGAAAAAGUGGGGCAUGAAUGAAUAAAGAAAGCCAAUUCUCCCUCUUUUCUCCUCUCUGCCUUCCCCCAAAGGUGCAACAUCCAAAAGAGCCAAGAGGAACCAGAAGUCCCAUCACCACCGCCACCGCCUUCCAACCAGCCAGGUUGGAACAACCUCCGCCGGGCAGCCGUGAAGAAGGAGGACAAGCGCGUCCACUUCAACAUCGAGAACGCCCCGGACGAGGCUUCAGAUGAGGAGCGAGAGGCCCCCGUCUGGCACUGCAUGAACGGCCAGGAUCCGCAGCAGGGCAGCAAGGAGGACAAAGAGAAGGAGCUGAAGGAGCUGGAGAGCAAGAUCGAGGACAUGCGCGAGCAGCUGCGGGCUGCCCUGGUGCGCAAGAGCGAGCUGAUGGUGGCGCUGGGGCCACCACCCAAGGCCCCCCGCCUGCCCCCCGCCCUCAAGGCCUUGAUCAAGGAGAGCAACGAGGACAGGUGA